AUGAAAGAAAGGAAUUCAAGUACCACCCUUGAACUGGUUGAUCCGUCACUUUUCAUGCUCGCCUGCGGCCAGACUGCUGUUUUGACUCAAGGAGGCCAGGCCCGCAUGAGCGAAAAAUGCAUCUCAUUCCCGACGACUGACCUCAACGUCCACAUCCCAACCACCCCAGAACUCUAUCCUACAACCACAGGCUCAUCGCUUUGGUCGGACAAAUUUCAGUGGUUGCCAUGCGAGGUGAAGUUCUCCGAGGACGAGGGUAAAGAAUUGCGGAUUACAUCCUGCAUCAACAACCUACACCCAAAAUAUACUCAAGCCUACGCGUCAAUUGAAACGCUCAUCAGCUUGAGCCUAGAGCCCUGGAAUGAUGUUUUGAAGAAGGGAACAACAAGUCGAUACCCACUACGCAUUAAAACAUUCGGAUUCGAAGCUAUUGAGCCCGAUGAAAUAUGGGGCCCAUGUGAACCCUAUGUCUGGAAAAAUAAGCUUCCUGGCAGAAUCUGCACACAAGAGGCAUGGGAUGAUUAUUAUGUUAAGGCAAAAGAGUAUCUCACAUUGCCAAAAAUUGACCCGAAAUACCGUAUCCAGCACCAGGACCCGUGGGGUCCACAGGAUGAGCCAGAAGAUAUACUUGGCUCAAUUGCUCCUAGUAUGUACGAAUCAUGGGAAUCAGAGGACCUUUGGGAAAAACGAAUAGGAUGGAAGUGGGAAAGACUACAUACAUUCAAGUACCCAGAGGCCGGGGCUUCUUACUCUUACGAGGAUUGGAAGAGAGGUAAAACAGCCAAGCCGUUCAUCGACAGGAGCAAAGACCGCGGUGAUUCUCCGCAUGCCGAUAAUGUGUGCCAAUCGAUCUCGCUACAAGAUGAUUUCCGUGAGCAGGGACUUCAAAUUAUUGUUCGCGUAUCCACUAUCGAUCUUACGCCAGAAAACACGUCAUAUCAAGAAGAUGAUGAUUUCCACGUGGACGGUCUACUAAAUGAGCAUAUCGUCGGUGUGGCGAGAUACUACUACGACGUUGAAAAUUUCACCGAUGCACGUAUUUCCUUCCAACAAGAGGACGACCUUAACCCAUUUGAGUUCAGACUGGGUGUUGAUGCCAUGAACAAGAUAUUUGGACUCCCGCACUUCGAACUAGGGCAGCCUAAUCCACGAAAGCUUCAAACGCUUGGCUCGGUGAGAACAAACCAGGGUCGAUUCCUCGCCUGGUCCAAUAGCCUUCCUUACAAAACCAGGCCAUUCACACUAGAAGACAACAGUCGACCUGGUCACCAACGAUUCAUUUCCCUUUACCUGGUUGACCCUCAUUACCGCAUCUGCUCCACCCAGAAUGUACCCGCUCAGCAGCAUGAAGAGUGGUGA